AUGAACGUCCAGGCCGAGAACCCCGCUGUGGUGUAUCAGCAAAUUGAGAAUCGCGAGGAGCACGAGGAAAAUUGCCCUCAGCAAGAUGAGCCGGCCGAGGUCGAGAUGACCUACACCGCCGAGAACCAGGCCAUCAUCGAUAACUCGACCAAGUGGGUCUUCUUCCUCAUUCUUGUCCAGAUGCUCGUGUCGAUUCCCGAAUGGGGUCCGGGCACCUUCGGUACCUUCUUCCCGUACUUCAAUCUCUUCAUGGCCAUCCUCGGUUGGAUUGGUGUGCGCCGCCAGCACCUCGGCUUGAUCGUCUCGCACUUCCUCUAUUCGAUGCUGUGCCUGUUCGGCCUUGUGAUGGUGUUCUCCCUCUCCGUCUUCUACGCCGCAAACAUCCGCCUGGAGUGGCUGGCCAUCUUGACCUGCGUCAUCUUUGCAUCGAGCUUCCUCCUCAGGAAGCAGAGGCUGCUCAUCCAGGCCCUCUGCACCAAGAAGGUCCCUGUGAUGGUCGACGCUGAGGACCCCAUGGUGGUGGAGCUGCCCAUGACCCCCCUGGAGGCUCCCUCGGCGCCCUCAGUGGUGGCCGGCGACCACAUGCCCGCCUUCUACCCGGCCUACCCUCAGGACCAGCCCAUCCCCAUGCUCAUCCAGACCGAGGCGGGCAACCAGGUCGUCUACAUGUACCCGGUCAUGCCCAACCCUCAGUUCGCGCCCGCGCCCGCCGAGUUCCAGCAGCAGCCGCAGCCGCCCAAGGACGCUUCCCAGCAGUAA